GCGACUGCACCGCGCGCUGUUUUCGGAUUGUACAGCGAGGUUUAGCGGUGUGUUUAUAUUGUUUUUUACGGUACAUUUGUUGUACAGUUGUCUCCUGUUGACCGGUGAAAGGGCGCCACAGCAGCAUGUUUACCCCCCGCUCCGCACCGAGCCCCGGCCGCCGGCAGCAGGGCAGGAGCUCCGGGAGGAAGAGCGGGACCAGCCUACUGUUCUCCCCGAGGAGAGCGACUCUAUCCGGGAGGGGAACACCCACCAGAGCGCAGAGCCAUGCCGCUGCAGAUUUAUUUAACUACGAUGUGCAAACCUUCGGCUCCUCGCUGCCCGUCAAAGUGAUGGAGGCCCUGACCAUGGCUGAGGAGAUUGACCAGAUCUCAGUGAAGGUGGAUGAGAGCGGCUGGGCCUGGAUGAUCUGUGGAGAGAAACUGAUCAUCUGGAAGAUCUGCCAGACUGCUGUGGCAAAGCUGUCGGUGUGUAAGGAGCUGCAGCUUCCCGACAGUGAGUACAACUACACGGCCGACCUGGUGGCCCUUUCCUCCGCCGCUCCUCUGGAGACGGCCGGCGUUCAGUCCAUCUCCGUGCUGGUUCUGUCUGUGGAGGGAACGGCCCGUCUGUGGCCCAGUCUGUCUCAGGAGGGGAACUUCACUGAGACAGACGUGGACCUGGGGGACCUCUGCAACUUUGUGCUUGCUGUCAAAGGCGGGAGCUUCAUCUUGACCUCAGAGAAGAACCAUCUCAUGAGAGCGAGUGUAGACUCUUCUGGAAAGCUUCAGUACCGGGAGCUGCAGCGAGGGCAGGGCGUUCUCUCUGGGAUCGGACGCAGAGUCUCCAGUCUGUUCGGCAUCCUCUCCCCGCCGGCCAACGACACACUCCACAGUGUGAUGUGGUGGGGGGGGUCCAGCUCUCUGUACACACUGAGCAGCUCCAGCCUCAGUAAGUGGGAGCUGGGGGACAGCUGGGAGCACCAGGUCCUCAACUGGGACGCCCAGAAGGCUCUGACUGAGAGCAUCGCCGAUGCCAUCUGGGGGUCAGAGAGCAACUACGAGGAGCUGAAGGAGGGAGCCAACGUGACGUACCUGGACAUGAAGCUCAGCCAAUCCGGUCUGGUGGUCCUGGCUGCAGCCUGGCACCUGUCAGACUCUCCCUGCCUGGUGUACUUCUGCCUCGUCACGCUGCAGGACACCGGAGCCGCCAUCGCAGACAACUUCAUCGUGGAGGUCACCAAACACAACCCCCCCUUCCAGAGUGAGGAGGCGCUGCAGGAGACUCGGCUGGUGUUGCCUCUCUCGCCCGGCGGCACCGCCUUCCUCUACAACCAGGAGCUGGUGUUCGCCUGCUCCACAGGAACCAGCCGGGGGGGGCCGCCUGACGAGAAGAUCAGCUUCACCACGUCCGGUGAUGGUGUUCGUGGAGGCGGCUGCUGCGCCAACCUGCCCGUGUUUUUCUCCCAGAACAGCGGCCUGGUGGCGGUCGUGGCUCGAGAGAGCGUCUCCAUCCUGCCGGAGACCAUGGAGGACUCGCUGUGCUCCUCGCUGGCUGCAGCUCCAGAGAGUUCAGCCAUGGAGACUUCGAGCAGAGCGGAGCCGGUAGCUCAUGAGGACAAAACCAAACUGCUGAAGGCGGCGUUCCUGCAGUUCUGCCGUAACGACCUGGUGGGCGCUCAGACGGUCACAGACGAGAUCUUCCCCCCCGAUGGAGACGGGGAGGAGGGGUCGGAGCUGGACAGCGUGGUGACUCGGAUCGACCUGGACCUCGUGGACGAUUACCCUGCCUCGGACCCCCGCUGGGCCGAGUCCGUGCCCGACGAGAGCGCUGGGUUCCCUCUCACCUCCCUCAUCAUCCUCCAUCAGCUGGAGGACAAGAUGAAGGCCCACGGCUGCUUCAUGGAAUUCCUGCUGCAGGUGGGUCUGCUGGAUCGCCUCGGCCAGGUGACGGUGCGCUCGUCUCCCAUGGCGACGCGCCUGCUGCUAUGCGAACACGCCGAGAAGCUGCAGGCGGCCAUGGUGCUGAAGAACCUGCACUCCAAACACGCCGAGCUGGUGAACCGGGCCAUCAGCGCCGCGCUGGAGAGGGGCAGCGCCGCCGUGCCGCCCAGCCUCACCUCCGCAGACGUCUUCUUCAGAGAGGUUUCUCAGAUCUCCUCGGUGUUCGACUGCCUGCUGGACGAGGAGGAUCGCAGUCUGAAGGAGAACCCGGUGGACUCGGUGCAGUGGGCCGAGGUCAUCCUCACCGUCAACAACAUCAUCAAGGACAUGCUUCAGGCUGCCGGACAUUACAGAGAGACGAAGGCCUUCAUGUACAGAGCCUCUGAACACUCUGCUGCAGAGCCAGAAUACAUCCCAUGGACAGCGUCCGGAGGUGUUGGCGGCGCUCGCUCCGUCAUCUCUCGGCAGCACGAGAUCAUCCUGCGCUCCGUGUAUCCGAACGCAGACUCGGAGCUGCGCAGCGCCCUGUGUGAGCAGCUGGUGGCGCUGCUGGACAUCCACCUGGGCGGGUACGUGGCCCAGCUGACCUCCCUGACCUCCCUGCAGCAGGAGCGCUACAACAGCCUGGAGAUGGAGUACAGCCAGCGCCGCUCAGAGCUGCUGGCGCCGCUGUUGGAGCUGGGUCAGUACCAGUGGGUGGCGGCGCUGGCGGAGAAAUACUGCGACUUCGACAUCCUGGUGCAGAUGUGCGAGCAGACGGACAACCAGAGCCGCCUGCAGCACUACAUGAGCAAGUUCGCUGACCAGAACUUUGCUGACUUCCUGUUCCGAUGGUACAUGGAGAAAGGGAAGAGAGGGAAGCUGCUCUCUCAGCCGGCGGCGCAGCACCAGCAGCUCGCCAGCUUCCUGCAGUCUCACCAGCACCUCAGCUGGCUGCACCACAUCCACGUGCACGACUACCGCAGCGCCAACCGCACGCUGCACAGCCAGGCGGACGCAGAGACUCGGUACUUCGUGAAGAAGAAGACGCUGCUCGCUCUCAGUAAACUCACCAUGCUCGCAUCCGACCUGCCGGACGACCAGCUCAACAAUCACGUCGACGACAUGGUGGAGCAGGAGCGCUUCCUGCUGCAUCAGGAGACCCUGCCCCGACAGCUGCUGGAGGAGAAGCAGCUGAACCCUGACACCAUGCCUCUGCUCAGCGCUCACAACCUCAUCCAGCUGUACAUCUGUGAUGAAAACAGGCGCGCCAACGAGUACGACUUCAAAAAGGCUCUGGAUCUGCUCGAGUACAUCGACGAGGAGGAAGCUGAGGACAUCGACUUGUUGAAGUGUGAGAUCUUCGGCAAAGCGCUGCGGAGAGACGACUGGUCCUCUGCUGACGGCAGUGACGAUCCUCUGGAAGCGGCUAAAGACAGCAUCUUCAUCAAAGUCCUCCUCAAACUCAUCCAGGAAGGCGUUUCUCUGCAGACGUACCUGCCCGACGUCAAAGAGCUGCUGGAGCUGGACGAGCUGAGCUCUCUGAAGUCUAAACCCUACUUUGAGUUUGUUCUUCGAGCAAAUUAUGAACAUUACCUGGAGGCUCAGAUGUGAAGAAUGUUUCAGAAACACCUGCUUCAGCUUUCUGAUCAUUUUCAAGAUAUGUUUGAAUAUGUUUGUGCUCUUUUCUAAAUAAAUGUGUUGUUAUUUCUGUA